AUGAAGGCCACGGGCAACAAGCCGUACAGCGGCAUCUCCAUGAUGGACACGUGGUCGUCGAUGCCCAUGAUGCGAUUGUUUGCCCGCGAGAUGGCGGCGACGCGCAAGCUCUUGGCGGCGGCCAAGCUGCCCGAGGCCAUCGGGUCGCUUCUCGCGAUCUACAUGAACAUGGACAUGUACGACAACUGGUUUGCCGACACGGAGGACGUCGACGAGGUCUCGGCGACGUUUACAACGUUCUACAAGCUCGCGACCGAGAUUCUCUCGCACGACGAUGCGGCGCUGUGCCUCACCGGCCGCGAGAUUCUCAUCGACGAGUUUCGCCGCUUUGGCGAGAAAGCCACGUCCCUCGGCGUUGGCUACGCCUUUUCGUGGUUCGAGUAA